AUGGGUGCAAACAAGGAUACAUUCGCAAUGGAUGAUGCCCAUAACACCUGGUCUUUGAGUACUUCACACUCAACAUCUGAGGCGGCUUCUUUGGGCGAAAGCUCGCCACAAUUGAACCCUGACUCUCGUCUUUAUCAUAUCUAUCGUACAGUUUUACACCACCACUAUGAUGUGACUUCGGACAAGUCACCUGUCUUCCAUUUGGAAAACUCACUUUUCAGACCAAAGAAGCCUGAUCUCACAGUCCAUGCCGGCUCUGACAAGAAUGGCCCUAUCGUGGCUGUGUGCAAAUUCCUGCACUUCUCAAGACAUCUGAAGCUUGGACUUGGGGACCCACAGAAUAUCAAUGAAGUCUCGUGGGAGGACCUGGUGUGCCAGAAUUACAAACUCACCCAGUACCGCUGGCAAAUGACGGUCCGGACUGCCAAUGGUCCAACCAGGCAGUCUUUUCUCUGGAAAACGACUCAUUCCGUUGGCGUUGAUGGCGCCAAACCCGCCAUGCUUAGUACGCGUAACUACAAGUUACUUGACGAGCAAACAGGACGCAUCGUUGCAGUCUUUACGAGCAAUAGCCUAAAGAGCUUUACAAAAUGCGGCAAACUCCAGAUCGAUGUGGAUUAUGGCCAGGAAUUUGAGGUGAUGGUUAUUCUCACGGUACUAGCGCUAUAUGAGAAACAGAGGCGCCGAAACAAUCGCAACAAUUCGGGCGGAGGGGGUGGCGGUGGUGGUGGCUGA